AUAAAGCCCUAAUCAAGAACCAUGUAACGCAUCAGCCUCAAAAAAGCCAUUCAAUUCCUCCCUCCAUUCGUUUUCCCUCCGUUAGAUUUCUGAUUUGAUCUUUGGAUUGCUUUGAGCUCCGGACAAGUGCCUUCGGCACAACGAGAGGAUGGUUAAAGGCGGGCAUCGCCUCCUCUUCUUGGUUGGCUUGUCGCUAUGGCUAUGCUUGGUUUCGCCGGCCACGUCGGAGUUGCAGCGGCUCCAACACCCCACCAAACCGGACGGGGACGGGACUCUCAGCUUCUUGGUCGUCGGCGACUGGGGAAGAGAAGGGAACUACAAUCAAUCUGAAGUUGCUUCCCAGAUGGGAGUGAUUGCAGAGAAGGUGGACAUAGACUUCGUGAUCUCUACCGGUGACAACUUCUACGAAAACGGAUUGACCGGAGAAGAUGACCCUGAGUUUUUGGAAUCGUUCACAGACAUCUACACCGCCCCGAGCUUGCAAAAGCCGUGGUACAAUGUUUUGGGCAACCAUGAUUAUAGGGGCGAUGUUGAGGCCCAAUUGAGCCCCGCCCUGAGGAAAAAGGACAGCAGGUGGAUUUGCUUCAGAUCAUCCAUCCUAAACGCAGAAAUUGUGGAAUUCUUCUUCGUGGACACCACACCAUUCGUCGAUAAGUACUUCACGGACCCAGGAGAGCACAAGUACGACUGGAAGGGCGUGGAGCCGAGGGACGAAUAUCUGUCCAACCUCUUGAAGGAUGUUGAUUCAGCUCUAAAGGAGUCCUCAGCAAAAUGGAAAAUCGUGGUCGGUCACCACACCAUAAAAAGCGCAGGUCACCAUGGCGUCACCGUCGAGCUCGUCGAGCACCUCCUCCCCAUCCUUGAGGCCAAUCAUAUUGACCUUUAUGUGAAUGGCCAUGACCAUUGCCUGGAGCACAUCACCAGCACAGACAGCGAAAUUCAGUUCAUUACGAGUGGAGGCGGGUCGAAGGCAUGGAGGGGCGACAUAAGGUCAUGGAAGCCGGAGGAGAUGAAGUUCUAUUAUGACGGGCAAGGUUUUCUAUCCGUGAGCAUGACUGGAGACCGAGCCGAUCUCGUCUUCUACGACGUCUUCGGACAAGUCUUGCACGAAUGGUCCAUCUCCAAACAGCUUCACGACGCUGCUUAGUCAAAUAAAUUGUACUCCGAGCUCUGAUUAUAGCAAAAAGUUACUACACAGAGAGAGAAGAAAGGUAUAUGGUUAGUUUAGCAAGAAAAAGUGACCCAUAAACGAGAUCGGAUCUCGUUGGGUAUUAUCUUCAUGAAGCAGCCAAUACACGCAAAAAUUUUUAGAUCUUGCUGUAAGUCGACUUUGACGUAGAUAAAUAAACUAGACAUGUAUAUUGAUAUAAUGCAUAAGGAAAAAGAAAUUACCCGAUAA